GAAUAAAAAAUAUUUGAAAAAAAUUGAGAAAUCUUGAAGAAGAGAUGGAAAGAAUUGGUAAACAUAGUUAGUAGGCUACGUAGGAAAAAAAGGAAAACUUUUUAGCCAAUUUUGGCCAAAAAAAAGGAGGUUGACAAUUUUACCAAAGAAGUAAGAUUUUAUUUAAUUUGAUAAAAACAAAAGAUUAUUGGACAUCAAGAGCUCUCCAAUAAUAUAAAAAUCUCAAAAUAGAAAAAAAAACACAUACUUCUAUCCUUUUUGCUCUAAAGUAUAGAAUUUUGACCAAAAAAAAACAAUUUUUUUGACAUUUUUGGCAUAAAAUACGAUUUACCAUUAUUUUUGUUGAAAAGAGUAGGAAUUUUGGCGAUCUUGGCCAAGAAAUAGAUUUUGAUUUAAAAAAACAAGACCUUUUUCCGCCUCAAUAAUUUGUCAGCACGUGGCCUACAAAAAAAAUUAGAUAAAUACUGAGCACUGAAAACUGAAGAAGUCGAGAGGAAGGUAUAUUGGAGGCAGAAAAAUUAAAUGGUCUUGUAGGCAAAAUUUUAAAAGCUGAAUUUUAUUCUUUGAUUUUCGGAAAUUUAAAAAAAAAAUUGAAUUCAACCCUCCUCUCAGCUUCAGAUGGGUAUUUUCGUACCAAUCGUACUGGCUGUCCAAGAAUAAGUGGGUUUGAUAAGCUCUGAAUUCUGAUAAGCCAAAAUGGGAAACAAAUUUCCCCAAGUAAAAAUUGAAAAAUUGAACAACAAUUGAAAUAAUGCGUUUUGAAUUAUUGUUUCGAUGCAAAAUGAAAUAUUUUUUCGUGUUCACUGAAACACUCACUCAAACGCUCAUUCUUAAAAAUUAAAAUGAUUAUUCAAUUUUCUAAUUUUCAAAAAGGGAAUUUUCUCUCCUUUUUGAUAGCAUCAAUAUCCCUUAUUCUUGGAUAACCGGUAUUCUACCAAACCACGUGUUUAUUGUUAUUGCAGUGUUACUGCAAUUCGUUAGUUGCUCUUCAUUUCAUUUUCAAGCUUUUUUCAACAGUUUUAUGUUAUACUUACAUUCUUUAAGAAUGAGCCUAUUUUUUGAUAACAUAUAAGUUUUUUCGUACUUUACUUUUUUAUCAGAGAGGAAAUCGUCUCAGUUAAUCCAGCCCUGUUCAUAGUGUGGAAGCUCGGUUCUAAUUCUAGUUUUUCAAUACCUACCUGUCAGAUCGUUUUGUGAAAUACUAAUAUGUCGAAAAGAGAAUGUAUUCACAUGUGGAGAAUCGAUUGCUAUUCGACUGUCGCUCAAUGUGGAACACAGACAUCCUCGAAAUUUUCAGCUACUGAUGAUGAUCUCUAUUGGCGUUUGGAACACACGGUCCACAAAUUUGCAGACCAUGUUUUUGUUUCAUUGAAUCUGCGUCCUGAUUGCAACGACGAUCUUAGAAAGUUUGAAUCUGUAUCUGGACAUGUGGACAUUAUUCUCAUGACUAGCACUGGCGGUCUUCAAGGUAAAUACGGAGGUAAAAGAUCUUCCUUCACGCUUUGCUUUGAUGAACAAAAGUGUAACUACAAUAAGGCUGAAUUUAGCAUGGAUAAUAUUCGGGAAUUUCUGAAUGGAAAUAGCUUAGUGAUUCUUUGCAAACUGACCUAUCAUAAGAUAAACGAAACUGUCCCGAUUUCUCCUCCAAAAAUAUUGAACACCAUCAAAACUUCAGAAUCCAGACUUUCAAGUGACAUGGGAAGAUGUUUCGCCGAAGACCAUUUCAAAGAUGUGACAAUUUCGGUGAAAGGUAAAGAGUACAGAGCUCAUAAAACGAUCUUAGCUACUCGUAGUACCGUGUUUGACAAAAUGCUCAGAGUAGACAUGUUAGAAAGCAAGAAAAAUCACAUCGAGAUCACCGAUGUCGACCAUGAACCUUUCGAGGAAAUGUUAUACUACAUGUAUACAGGGAAGGUGAAGAAUUUGAAUAAAUUAGCCUUCGAAUUGCUACCAUUGGCGGAUAAAUAUGAUCUUGAAGAACUAAAGAGCAUGUGUGAAAACGCUUUGCUCUGGAAAUUGACAACAGAUAAUGCAGCCAGGAUGUUAAUAUUGGCCGAUACGCAUCGUGUUGGAGAAUUAAAGAGGUAUGCGCUUCGAUUCAUCCGAGAGAAUUAUGAGAGCUGCGAAGAUUUUAAAGAUACUGAAUUUUGGAAAAAUCUAGCUGCCAGUAAUGCUGAAUUAUUGAAAGAGAUGAUGGCUGCGUUUUGUAAAAAGCAAAAACUUACUUGAGGUUUUUCGAAGAUUGGCGAUUUGUUAAAUUGACUGGUAACCGGAGACGGAGCGAACCUGACGACUUUGGUGUAUAGUUAAGAAAUGGAAAAUUCAAAUUAUUAAUAAAUUUUUUUUACAAACAAAUUCUGACUUGAAAAUUUCUUACAAAAAUCAAAUAAUUAAAUUAAAUCAAACAGUACCAUAAUAUGUGAUACUAAAAUACGUACAUGUUCAAAUAGGUACCUCGACUAUCAAUAUACCUACCUACAUAAGUACAUGAUAGGUACAUUAAAGAAAUUUGACCUGACCAGAUCCAAUCAUUUCCAUCUGAGCCAGUGAGAGCCUAAAAAAAAGUGAAACGUCAAAAUAAUGACCACCCUAGGGUGGCCCACAUGGGAGCUUCCCAAAAUCGGAGUAGACCUAUGUAUGUUCUGAAAUUCAAAGUACAAAAUUCUUGACGUUUUUAACAGCCCUCUCUCGCCCUCCCUAACUUCCUUAUUCCCUACUCCAUCUAAAUCAUAGGUCAUGACAAGCAAAAGCAAAAUUUUUGAAAAAUAGGUAUACAUAUUUUUCAAAUUGAAGAGAGCAUUUUUUACUUACUUAUACAUAUUUUUUCGUGAGUUUUGAGUAAGGUUGAUUUUCGUCUGACUUGGUUACCAGCCAUGCCAGAUAUAUCACGGUGAUAGGGCUGCUAUCUAGGCCUCCGCACUUGCCUGGUCCUCUUUUAGUCGCCUUUUACGACAGGCAGAGGGUACCAUAAGGAUAUUCUUGACCCGUCCCUAGGCAUUCAGAAAAUUCAUGAGCACAAAAAGCGAGGUUGAUGGUGAAGAAUAUCGAAAACAGUCGGCAAAAGUCAAGAGAAAGUCCAGGAAAUUACAGAGAGAGAGCUGGGAAAAUUUCAUCACAUUCCUGGAGCAUGACACAUACAAGUUACGGCCAAAGGUGUACAAGAUCAUAAGAAGAAUUGACACAAAUUUUAACGAAAGAGUGGGUUUGCCAAAGAUUAAAAUCAAUGAUGCAAAGGAAUAUUUUGAAGAACUCUGGAGUGAUGAAAAUGCACAAGAUACAAAGAUAGAAGAUGAAAUUGGAGAAACAGAAGACAGAAUUUCAAUUAAAGAGCUUCAAGAAGCUUUGAGAACAGCAAAAAAUGCAAAAGCUCCAGGAGAAGAUGGCAUACCAACAGAAUUGUACAAAUAUGCAAGUGGCGAAUUUAAAAGAAGACUUCUGGAAUUCCUAAAUAGGAUGUACCAAGAAGAAAGGGUACCUGAAGAUUUCAAAACAGCAAUUGUAAUACCACUGUUCAAGAAAGGCGAUAUGUCAAACCUGAAAAACUACCGAGGAAUAAGUCUACUCAACACCUGCUACAAGAUAUAUGCGAAAAUACUGGCAAAACGACUGGCAGAGCAUGCAGAAGAAAAGCUGUCAGAAAGUCAAAACGGAUUUAGAAAAGGAAGAUCAUGCACUGAUGCAAGUUAUACAGUAAAACUACUGAUGGAAAAACGGAUCGAAUACAACCUAGAAACACACAUGUGCUUUAUAGACCUGGAAAAAGCAUAUGAUAGGGUUAAUAGAAAAAAACUGUUUGAAGUCCUAAAAGAUGAAGAGAUAACAUAUAAAAUGCGAAAGGUGAUAAACAGCAUAUAUAAGAACACUAGAAUAAGAGUACGAAUUGGAAAUAAACUCUCAGAACAAGCAGAAAUAAACAGAGGAGUUCGCCAGGGAUGCCCACUGUCUUGUGUUUUAUUCAACAUGUACAUGGACCACAUGGUAAAAGAAUGGCAGAAAAUGAAGCCAAAAGGAAUCAAGACAGACAGAAGGCAAGAAAUAUCAACAGUAUUAUUCGCAGAUGAUCAAGCAGUACUAGCCGAAACAGAAGAUGACCUACAGAGAUCAAUGUAUAAUUUAACAAAGACAUCAGAAAAGUAUGAUAUGAGAAUAUCUUCAGAGAAAACAAAAACAA